UAAGUAACAAAAAUCUGAGUGUCAAAAUAAAAUAAUAUAUAGGAAUUAUUAUUUUUGAUAUUGAUUCGUGAAAUAUAAUACGUCUGUGAAAAUGAUUAUUAAGCUUUAUUUAAAUUGCUUAUUUUAAUACAAUGAAGCUCAGACUACUGAGGUAUCGAAAUUCAAGUAUGAAGUAAUAUGACCUAUGGAAAAAAUAAUCCAAGUCAUUUUUUUUUUUAAAUUCCAUUCUUAUCACCUAUUUUUUUUUUUUUUUUAAUUAUAUUUAUUCUGAAAUUAAUUUUAUUCGGUAUACAUUGAAAGAGAAUUAAAAAUGCUAUUUACUUGUAUGUUAGAUAAAAAAAUAUGAAUUUUGAAAGAACUAUAUGUUAAAUUAAAAUUUAAUGUAAAUAAAUAAAUGCUUGAAAUUAACUUACAAGUCUCAAAUAAAACAUGACGUUAAAUACGAAAAAUUUAACUGUCGAGCAAGACGGGAAAAAAAUAUUGCAAGAUCGCCCACCUGGAAAAUAUUUAAUCGUAAUUACAGAUGAAUCAUAUCCUAGCGGGUGGUUUUGGUGGUUUAUGUACAACUUUAUUCGGACAUCCGUUGGAUACAAUAAAAGUUAGAAUGCAAUCAAAACCAAAUGAAUAUAGAAAUACGUGGGAUGCAAUUUUUAAGAUAAUUAGUCGAGAAGGACCUUCAGGAUUAUACAAAGGAAUGAUGGCACCAUUAGUUGGAAUUGUCCCAAUAUUUGGUAUUAGUUUUUUCAGUUUUAGUUUAGGAAAACAGCUAGUAGCAAAACCUAACCAACGUAACGAAGAUUUGGCAGCAUCUCAAUUAUUUUUGGCGGGAACGUUUAGUGGGCUUACCACCAUUCCGUUGAGUGUACCGGGAGAGCGUAUAAAAUGCUUAUUACAAAUGCAAACUGGAAGAAAGGAAGCUUUUACUGGAUUUAUAGAUUGCGCUAUAAAACUUUUUCAUGGCGGGGGCAUAAAAAAUCUUUAUGUAGGUACUUGUGCUACAAUAUUGCGUGACCUACCUGCUAGUGGUGUGUAUUUCAGUGUUUAUGAUAUCAUAAUGAGAUUGUUCACUUAUCAUUUUAAAGAAACUGUCAUGUGGCACUCAAUAUUUGCUGGAGGAUUUGCUGGAAUGAUUAAUUGGGUUGUUGCUAUGCCUGCAGAUGUAUUAAAGUCCCGCUUACAAAUAUCAUCAAUAGACCGAUAUCCUCGUGGGAUGAGAUCUUUACUUCCGGAAAUUUUACGUGAAGAAGGCCCUUGGGUACUUUAUCGAGGAGUAAUGCCCAUUAUGAUACGAGCUAUUCCUGCUAACGCUACGUGUUUUUUUGGUAUCGAAAUAGCCAUGAAAAUUCUUGAUGCUCAUUUUCCUUCACUUUAAUCAGAACCAUUAAAUUUAAUAUUCAAUAAUGACGUUUUUAUUUUCUAUUUUUUUUUUUUUUUAUUGUUCCAGUGUAUAGCCGCA